AAGUCAGAGGCUUUGUGCACAUCCGCAAACGCUGUGGUGUCUCUGCUUACUCAUUCUCUUCCUCAUCACGAUACAGCGGACGUGUAAGAGGAACUGAAGCAUCAGCUGCCUGCUGAGAGCUUUAAACUUGGUUCCUUAAUGGAAGCAAAUACAUAUUAAGAUGAUGUGCCGUUGGAUUUUUGGUUGAAACAAAUCAACUAUAUUUGGGAGAUGCAUAACAAAUCUAAUUUUAAUCAAAUGGUCUAAGAGUUUAUUGUAAGAUGGACCCUGACGGGCCACGGUCCAGAGCUGAGAGGACUUUCUGGACAAUUUUGUCCUACAUAACUGGAGCUGUGACCAGAUUAUUCAGACCGGAGUCUGCUAAUCCAGUCCAGGAAAACAGAGCUGGCACUGAUCUUGGACACAGAGAAGAUGACAGUCAUGGAGGUGGAGUCACUGAGGAACCAUGCAAGCUUACAACAACCUCGGUGGUUGGCUCAUCUCGGCCAGCUGUCACCUGGGAGGGUUGCAACACAGACAUGAACUUACAGCCCGAUGAAAUUAGAGAGGAACCAUCUAACCAAUCUGAAAAUGAAGAUACAGUUGCAAAAAAAGAUGAUUCCAAUGAAGGAAGUAUGAAGGACGGUGCUGAAGCGAUGAUACCACAGGAGAUAGAUGAGGCCAUAAAUGAUUUCCAGGUAAAGAAAGAAGACGAUGGCAAGCAAUCUGAAAAUGAACCUCAAGAUUUUAAAAUGCCACACCCAUUGUGCAGAUUAGAGGAUGAAGAUCACACUGUAAAACCGUGCACAACCACUGAUUUAUAUGGAGAAGAGGAAGACAACAUCCACACAGAAGAUGCAGCAGCUACAGGAGGUACAUAUGUGACAGAGAACACUGAUGGCAUGCUACAGAUGACUGCUGAAAAUGGAAACAGCUUUAAUGUGGGACUGGAACCUGGAGCAAUAAAUCUGUUUUCAGUCUCAGUAGACAAGCAAGAUGUUGCAGAUCUUAUGUUCUCAGAGAACCUGCUGCAGGAUGAAUCACUAGCAGGCCUCAACAAAAACAACAUUGUCCUGAGUGAUGAGAUAGUUGGUUUGGAGCAAGAGCCAGUGAUGGCUGAUGGAAGUGAUAAAUCUGAUAACCACGAAGAGGUGGAGGGUGAGAGCACAGUGACUGAUGGAGAGGAGUGUCCUACAACUCAUGAUCAUGAUGCACCUGAACAUGUCACAUGCAGAGAAACACAGCUGUUGAAUGUAGCUAAAGAUGUUGCUUUAAAAACCAAGACCAAAGCUGAUCAAACAGAACACAGAAUUACAAUCAAAGAAAAAUCAUCAGAGAGACUUGCUGAAAUGAAUUUGGACCCAUUAGACGAGUGGACGUUCUCGAGUGAAGACAAAGAAAGUGAUGUGAAAAAUGCAUUUACAACAAGCACAGUUACGGAAACAGCUGAAGGCUUGAGUGCACAGGAGGGUGAAAAUGUUCCCCUGCUGAUAUGUGAAGGCCAAACUGUUGUGCACCAGGAGCUGAAUUCUGCAGCACGUCAGGAAACUCCAGAGGGUCUUUCUGGAUAUAACAAUAAGCCAGAACUAAGUGAGAACCUGUCGCAGUGGUUCAUGGAAGCAGGUGAUUAUGAGGAAAAUCCCAUCACACAAAUGCCAGAAGAGCUGGAGAGUAAAGAACCAGAAAGUGCUCAAAGCAGCACAGAAGCUGAGGAUUUACUGAUGAGGAAUCAUACAGAAGAGGAACACAACGCAGAAUGUGGUGGAACUGUGCAACUUACAGAUAGUGAAGCUCCACUGGAAAGGCAGAAGCUGGUUCAUGAUCCACCAACACAAGGUUCGUUGCUCUACUUUGAAGAUGUGGCACAAUUUCCCAGUGACUCCAUGAAGAUGGAAGUCCAGAACUCAGAAGAGGAAUCAGUGGAUCAAACUGAUAAAGAGCUACAGGACAAGAAUGAAGAGACUUUGGUUGAAUUUGAGAUCAAUGUUGAUUUACGUGAGUCUACAGGAGACGAUGCAGCAGAAACUGUUGAUGAGGGUCAUGAAAACACAAGAACUGAAGCAGCAGCAGGAUUCUCUGAUGGAACCAUGAAAUACACUCUGGAUAAAGUGAUACUAGAUGUCACAGAAUCUGGACUUCUGAUGCAAUCUGAGACUAAAAUGCACGAGGACGGAGCUGGAGGACUUCAAAGUGUACCAACUGAAACGCAAGCGGCAACAAUAGACGUGGCAGAAAUAGACGGUGGAAUUGAAGAAGAGUCAGAGAACGAAACUAAGAUGGAAAUAUUAGAAACUUCUACAGCUGACGCACCUGUCCCGUCUUUGGAGACAGAAACUCAACAAUCCAGUGAAAGAGCUGAGAGCUGGGAUGAAGACAUUCCAUCAGACACUGUGGCAGCAGAUGAGAUGAUGAUCACAGGCCAAUCUGGAUCAAAUGAGCCAUCAUUCAAAUCAAAAGAAAUCACACAUUACGUGUGGGAAUCAGAGGGGGCUACUGCUGGAGAGGCAGAGAACUCAAAUGUUGGGAAUGAAAACGUGACUGAAGACAAAAUCCUUGACUUGUGGUUAGAGACAUUGUCAGAGGACACUGAGGGUGACAAACCUGAACUGUUGGAAUGGUCUGAAACUGAACAACAACCUGAGGGACAGGAUGAAACAUCAUCUGCAAAAACAGAAGAGAAAGAGCAGCUGGUGGAAUCAGAGUCAUCAGGAGAAUCAGGAUUAGCAAGUGACACAGAAACAUCAACCGAGUUAGGAUGUCUGGAGGAUUCCUCCAGUGAUUGGUACGUGCCAAACUAUGACACACAAUUCCCAAAAUCAGCUGGUGAAGUAUUUCAAGGCACAUGUGUGAUGUCCAACUCAGCAGACGUACCUGGCCUAUCUACAAAUCAGUCUGAACUUCAGCAUGUCCUGAUCAAGGAUGCAGCAGAAGACGUGCAGCUCAACAUCAAAGGUAACAAAAGUGUCAAUGAGGCAGGAUUUCACUCUGAUUUGGAAAUUAAUUUAUCAGAUGACCAAGUCCCAAAUCAACUGUAUGAAGGAAAAACUCAAGUAGAGGUUAACAUUGAUGUUGAAAUAAGAAGUGAGCAGCUGGAACGGUCUGAGCCUGAACAACAUACUGACGUGGAAAUGGAUGCAUCAAAUGAAGGAAGAGAUGAAACAUCAUCACUGGAAACAGAUGAGAAAGACCAUCUGUUAGAAUCAGAGUCAUCAGGGGAAUCAGGGUACAACAAAAGCAGGAUUGUGCCACAUGAUGAUCUUGUCGAUUUAGAGCAGGAUCACAUGAUGGCUGAUAAAAGUGAAGUAUUACAUGAAUAUUCUGAUGACCAGGAAGAGAUGAAGAGUGAGAGCAGAGUGAGUGAAGAGGAGGAGGGUCCUGCAAGUCAGAAAGAAACUGUCACAGAUGUGAUGAAAACUGCAAACAACAGAAUGGAACAAUCUGACAAUAUAACAGCAGACUUUUCAGCAGAAGACGGAUUUACUUCCAUGAAAGUGGACAGAAUGCAAGAUGAUUCACUGUCAAGUGAAGACAUCAAGAACAGUCAUCCAGCCACCACAGUUACAGAAACAGCUGAAGGCUCGAGUGCACACGAGGGUGAAAAUGUUCCCCUGCAGAUAUGUGAAGGCCAAAGUGUUGUGCACCAGGAGCUGAAUUCUGCAGCAUGUCAGGAAACUCCAGAGGGUCUUCCUGGAUACAACAAUAAGCCCAAACUAAGUGAAGACAUGGCACAGUGGUUCCUGGAAGCAGGCUAUUAUGAGGAAAAUCCCACGACACAAAUGCCAGAAGAGCUGGAGAGUAAAGAACCAGAAAGUGUUCAAAGCAGCACAGAAGCUGAGGAUUUACUGAUGAGGAAUCAUACAGAAGAGGAACACAAUGCAGAAUGUGGUGGAACUGUGCAACUUACAGAUAAUGAAGCUCCACUAGAAAGACAGAAGCUGAAUCAUGAUCCACCAACACAAGGUUUGUUGCUCUACUUUGAAGAUGUGGCACAAUUUCCCAGUGACUCCAUGAAGAUGGAAGUCCAGAACUCAGAAGAGGAAUCAGUGGAUCAAACUGAUAAAGAGCUACAGGACAAGAAUGAAGAGACUUUGGUUGAACUUAAAACUGAUGGUGGAUUAUGUGAGUCUACAGGAGACGAUGCUACACAAACUGUUGAUGAGGGUCAUGAAAACACAAGAACUGAGGCUGCAGCAGGAUUCUCUGAUGGAACCAUGAAAUACACUAUAGAUAAAGUGAUACUAGAUCUCACGGAUUCUGGAUUUGUGAUGCAAUCUGAGACUAAAAUACAUGAGGACGGAGCUGGUGGACUUCAAAUUGUAGCAACUGAAAUGCAAGAGGCAACAAUAGAUGUGGCUGGAAUAGACGGUGGAAUUGAAGAAGAUUCAGUGAACGAAACUAAGAUGGAAAUAUCAGAAACUUCUACAGCUGAGGCACCUGUACUGUCUUUGGAGACAGAAACUCAACAAUCCAGUGAAAGAGAUGAAAGUUGGGAUGAAGACAUUCCAUCAGACACUGCAGAUGAAACAUUGUCAGAGGACACUGACGGUGUGAAACCUGAACUGUUGGAACAGUCUGAAUGUGAACAACAAUCUGACGGAGAGGGUGAAGCAUCAACUGCGAAAGUAGAGGACGUGGUGGAAUCUGAUUCCUCUGGGGAAUCAGGAUUAGCAAGUGACACAGAAACGUCAGAUAAAGAAGAUGAAGAAGAAGCUAAAAUGCACAUUAGCAUUGAUCCUGAGGUCAGAACUGAGCAGAAAGAAACUGAAGAAACAAUUCUCAAAGCUGAGCAAACACAACCUCGGGAUGAUCCUUCCACUGAAACUGAGCAGUCAGAUAUUGACCAAAUGCAUGAAACAGAGAAAAAUGUCCACAUGCUCAGUGGAUCGGACGUUUUGUUCAAAGAACAACCGGCUUGUGUAGAAUCCCUGAAGACUUUUCCUGCAGUCGACAAAUCCCAACUGGAAUGGUCAGAGGAAAAGCAGUGGAUGAUAAAAUCGGAUAAGGAUGAGGUAGAUGCUCCUGCGCUGGACUUCACGGCUCAAAGGUCCAAAAUCGCUGUUAAAAACCCCCAUGUAAGGCCUCCAAGAAACCCACGAGCCCUUCUGCAAAUGCCUUCAGUGUGUCCAACGCCCUCCAAACCUCCGGCGGCCAAAGUCCUUGUUGGUGUGCCAAUGGAAGGUUUGGGGAUUGGAAUAAAGCUUCCUGGACUUGGUGAGGGGUUUCCUAUUUUGAAAAAGACACAGAAGAGGAUGAGAGAUGAAAACCUCGACAUCUCCCCGCAGCAUCAGGAAACUGAGGCAAAACCUGAGGAGAAAAGUGAUGCUCCACAAGAAGAUGAGGCACCACCAAAACCGAAAUGGAUGCCACCAAGACAUCCAGGAUUUGGAAAUCCACUUCUGUCUGAGCUCAAGACCAAACUUAAAAAAACUACAAAAGAGUGAAAAGCUCACAAAUUGUUUUGCUACAAUCAAAUGUAAUAAUGUAUGACCAUAUUAUUUUUUAAGUAAUAUGCUUUACUGUGUGUUCAUCAAACAGUUAAAUGUAGCAUAGCAUGCCAUAGUAGUAGUAAAGUAAUAGUAUGUACAUUUAAAUAAACCUCUGAAAAAAGCUGG